GUCUGCUCCAACUUUUUUUUUAGGCCCCAAGUCAAUCUGUCAAGAAACCCAACCACCAUAUGCAAUUGAGCAAUCUCUCAUUUCCUGGGUGCAUAUUUCAGUGGAAAUAUCAAGUUACCUUCAACAAUCAACCCACGGUACUCCGUGCUAUUGAGCAUCAAUAUACUUUUCCACAAAUCGAUUGCACAGUAUAGCGGGGUAAUAUCAUCUAUCCAUCGCAAAAAUGCACGAGACAACCAACUACGAAGACGACAUCAACCCUCCAAAGCCCCAAUCCGCACAAGACCUAGCUGCCCACCUCGUGGCGCGAUGUCGUCUUCUCCUCUCCGAGCUAGACGAGCUCCGAACCCAACUCACCCAGACCCUGCGCAAUCCCCAACUCGUCGAAGUACGAACAAUGCGGUCGAAUAUCGUUUCCGAGCUGAAGAUGCUGGAGAAACUCGCCAAGAAGGCUGAGGCGAUUACGGCUGCGGAGGGCGAGGACGAGGCUGAUCAGCGGGUGGUGCAUGCGUUGCGGUCGUCGAAUUUACCGUUCCAUGAGGCGGUUUGGUCGGUUGCGAAGAAGAGCUGUACGGGGCUUGUUGCGUUUGGGACGAGGUUUUAUUGGGAUGGGGAUGGGAAGGGGGUUGAUGUGGCUCCUGGGGAGAAGAGGCCGAAUAAGGACAAGAAGCGGAGUGUGUUUGUGGAUAUUGUGGCUGAUGAUGGGGAGGAAUGGGUGAAGGUUUCUACGAUUUCGGAGAAUCGGCUACUGUUUGAGAUGGCUAAAAAGGGGUGGGAGGGGGAUUCGGAUUCCGGGGAGGAAGAUGAGGAAAACCGAACAGUUCUACAGAAUUACGACGAUGAGGACGAGGGUGAUGAUGAUGACGACGAGCUUGAAUUGAUUAAAUUGGCCAGGGAUAUGAGGAAGGCUUCCGAUGCUACGCGGGUGAUGUAUAAGCAUCCUCGCAUACGGUUUGUGUUGCCAAAGAUUGUGGAAGGAGAGAGUCUUGAGAUUGAUGAUCUUCUCAAGGUGAUCCGAGGCUAUGGAAUCACAGUUGAAUGUGGGGGAAACAUGGAUGAUUCUCAGACAGAAGAUGUUGAUAGAGCAAGGGACUCUAUAGCUGUGUCCACUGGUAUAUCUCGUCUCCUUCCCACUCCUUUCAAACGCUUCACUUCCACUCUCAAUGUGGAUUGUACGCUGCUGCUCGCUGUUGUUUCGGACCUGUCCCAUUACAAAGACAUACCCAUUUGCCCAUCGCAUCAUAAAGCCAUUCUCAGGCAGAUGGAGGUUGAAAAGGAACAACCUCUGCUACCGGCAGAGCUUUGGCCAGCCAUGGAUGCACACGAACUGGUGUGCACGGAUGAGGCAGCAAAGCGAAUGCGGGAGAUCGUUGAUACAAUUGGCACCGAUACCGAAAAGAAAAGGACUGAAAUAUUGAUGGGCGAUGCCCAGUUCCACGAUUGUGAUAGGGAGGCCCUCAUCCAAAAAUUCCAGGAAUUAUCAGACUUUCUGGUACCAACUGAGUUGAAGCUUCCUGUGAAGGUUGUCGAAGCACAGUCAGUCAUUGAGUCGGGCAGGUUGCAUGGCAAACUUCCUAAAGUGGCUGACAGAGUGGUUCCGAUUCUUUCUGAUAUCAACUAUAGCGUGUUUUUCUAUGGAUGGGCCACUGGGCUGGUGACCAUAUCCAGCAAUCGUACUGUGGUCAGAGAGAUAGAGGCCACGGUUGAAGAGCAUAGAGACGGUGAUGAAGACUUGGAGGGUCCCCCGGUCUGGGUUUGCAACACGGCCAGGAGUUUGAUUGGUAAAGACAAGGAUCGGAAAUGAAGUUUCCUCGAUAGACCUCAAAAUAUGAACGACAUGAUAGAUGACGCACAUCUCCAACAGCAACUCGGUUCCGCUCCAGGCGGAAGAAGCUGCACCGAGAAAAUGCCUGCGUAAUCGACUGUUGAUUAAGCGGACACGCAGUCCUCGUCUCAACAAAGCAUUUUACCAACAAAUGUGGUAGGUUGUUAUUUAUCAGCCGGUUUAGAGCUAUCUUCAGGAAGCCAGAAGACAAUCUCCUUGUCAGCCGUAGCAAUCA